GGGCUAUGGAACAAAGGCUGAGUGAAUGGCCGAAACCAACACAAACAGCAACAAAUUCACCGAUACAUCAAAACCAGCAUCAACAACAAGCCACUGCAACAGCACUUGCCGCUACACAACAAUCCACAAGUCUUCCCUCGACUGAUGCUGAAAAGACUAUAACUUCCCUUGAAAUUCAAGUUGAAGAACAACGUCAAUUGCGUUUGCACGACGCACGGCAAAUAGAAGCCAAAGCAGCUAAAAUAAAAGAGUGGGUCACCAACAAGUUACGAGAACUUGAAGAGCAAAACCAACUGCUGCGGGAACAGAAUCUCAAGUGUAAUCAACAAUUAGAACUGCUGAAAAAUCACAUAGCGAAUCAACCCAAUCGUCAUAGCAGUGUAGGGCCACAUCCAGUACGUAACAGCUUAAGUUUGGAUGUUCAAGAUUUUGCAGACACUGCAGAGUCCCGUAGACGUAGUGAAAGUUUAGAUCCACAAGAAAUUAUACAUCGACCACUAACCUCUUCAUAUCCACAUCAUCAGCAUCGACGAAAUUUAUCAAUGGAGCCACAAGAGUUAGAACGAAACUUAGUAGCAGCCGUAGAUGGGCUGACACUAGUGCCCUUAUCGAGCAUAUCAAAAGCGAGCACCAACAACAGACCUGAUAGCUCUGACACUGAUACUGCGCAUGAUUAUGCGGAAAUAUAUACACCAUCUUGCGAACAAAUGCCAACAUGGAUGAAGAAUAAUACAACAUUAAUGGCAAGUGGAGGCACAUCCAGCACAACAACUACAACAAGUGAUCUGGGUGUUCCUCGACCACCAACUCCACCACUUCAUCGAUUUCCUAGUUGGGAAGCAAAAAUCUAUCAAGUCGCUAAUGAUGGACUAGCUGGCAGUGCGGAGGAUGGUGUUGGCCAAGUCGAUACGCAGCCACCAGAUAUACAAGAAUCAGCAAGUGGUGCUGCUUCGGUAGGCAGUACAAGCGCAACGAACACCUUAGCUAAUGGCAGUGGUCAUAAUUUGAACCGUGGUACAACCAGCAAUAAUGGCACAUUGGGCAGCAGUAGUGCUGGCAGUGUCGGUGGUGGUACGCCACAAUUACCAAGCAGACAACAACAAACUGCAAGUGGUGGUUUCUGUGAUAUAUCUGUGCCCGUUUAUGCUACUGUAAAGGGGCGCGCCUCGCAAAUACGUUCCAUGCCAUUUACCGGUGACUCCAGUGACGAUUCAAGCGAUGGUGAAGAUCAUGCCGUUAUGUUAACGCACAACUCACACAAUUCAUCAAGUACCGAUAACACUGAAACCUCAACCGGUAGUGCUUCAAGUCCUUCAAAAAGUCUGAAAACAUCUUCCAGCUUAAGUCCAGCUAAACGCAGCGGUUCCGAAAGUCCUAAAAAUAAUAAGACACGUGUUCACCACACGAACAAUACACAAGCAUCACAAGUACACACCUUACCCGUACCACACACUCAAAUACCUACCAACAAUCAUCUACGUAUCCCCCACAAACGUGGAACAGUAAUUUCAGAUAUUUCAUUUGAAUCAGGCCUCUCUGAUGAUUAUGCAUUACCACCAGAUGCAGUUUCCGAAUCCACAUGUAUGGAUGCGUCUAUGCCAUCUUUACUAAUGCGCCAAUCUUAUGUAGAUUCUCCCAGUAAAAAAAUUGAAUCAUUGGAAAAGGUUGGACAUCUAGCAAAAUUAGGUGGCAAGUUAAAAACAUGGCGUAAACGUUGGUUUGUACUUAAAAAUGGUACUUUGACCUAUUGGAAGAGUCAGCACGACAUAAAUCGUAAGCCACAAGGCCAGAUAAUGUUGGACGAAGCAUGCCGCAUAAACCGUGCUGAAGGUGCUUCCACUUUUGAAAUAGAUACGGGAAAAAAGGUCUACUAUCUUACUGCUGAUUCCAAUGCUACAAUGGAUGAUUGGAUACGUGUGCUGCAAAAUGUACAACGUCGUAAUGCUACAAAAUUAUUACUCAGUCGUGAUGACCAAAAGCCAACUGUACAAGGUUGGGUGACAAAAGUGAAAAAUGGACAUGCGAAAAAAUGCUGGUGCGUCUUAUUAGGGAAAAUGUUUUUGUAUUUUAAAGCACCAGGAGAAACGAAUCCAAUUGGUCAGAUAAACAUGAGGGAUGCACGUGUAGAAGAGGUAGAACAUGUGUCUGACUCUGAUUCAGAGGAACGUGAAGAUCCUGCUCAAAGCCAAGCAAGAUUAACUGUUGCUAUUUAUCCUGCGCAUCAAGGUCCUACGUAUCUUAUAUUACCUGGUAAACAGGAACGUGAUAAUUGGCUGUAUCACUUGACGGUAGUGUCAGGUGGAGGUCCCAGUGCUGGUACACAGUAUGAACAACUUGUACAAAAGCUUAUGGAGACCGAUGGAGAUCCAAGUAAGAUAUUGAAAUAUUUUAAAAUAUUUUUUUUAUAUUGUAUAGGUAUAUUCUAA